GCUACACGACGUCAUUCUUCGCGCUGAAGAACAAGGUGCGGAGAACACUCCGCCGGCGAUCUUCAUGAGUUUCGCCUUGGCUUUACAUGCGCCACCCUCCCCGUGGCUUGUCGACACUGCAACAGCGCGAGCUCCGGGCGAGGUGACCCUCGAGUCUGGUUAAAAGAAACGCAAUCCUUUCCACGUUUAGUUUUUCUUUCGUUCUGUGUUUCAUUGUUUUCGGGAAAAGGGGAUUUUUUCACGGGGGAAAGAGACCCACUCCGCCGACGUGCUGGAGCCGCGGCGGGCCUGGCGUCGUCCUCACCUUUCGAAUUGGUUCUUCUCUGGUUCACAGUAAAAGAGAGCACGGGAAAAGGGCUGUGGACUCAGCGUGGAGGCAGCUUUCCUCGAAGAAAACGACUACUUCUGUCGUUUUCACGAAGCCACCAAGAACAGGUAGCAUGAACUCGAGGGGUCGCAUCGGUCGCGCAAGCACAGAGCGACAGAGUCGUCUCGGGGGGGAAGUGUGCAUUCAAGAGAGUCCUUUCUCUCCCUUCCCUUGAAUGCCACUGGGCCAACAAAGAGUUUGUGAGAAGAAAUAUGGCGCGGAAAGUGGUAGUGGAGACGUCAGCCCCCCCCGGGUGUGACGCCAUGCCGAGAGUGGACGCGCGAAGCGAGAAGGCUUUGCUGGCGCCGGCGUGUACUUACACCUGGAGAAACUGUUUCUCUCGAACGCUCCGGCUAACCUUUCCGUGUUUAAAUGCUCCCUCUUCCAUGAAGGCCCCGACUGCUGAGAAGACCUGUUUUUCUUCCAGUGGAGCUCCGCGAGCUUCUUCCCUCCGUUGCGGACGGUGCACGAAUUGUCGCAUCUUUUCGUGGAGUCACCUGGAAGCGACGCUGUGGCUUUUCGGCCACGUCGUUAGCAUCGGCACUUUAUACUACUGGUGCGUGGUCCCGUUUUUCGAGGAGAAGCAGCUGUACGUUUACGGCCAGUCUCUGGUUUUUCCUGGAACCAGAGAGGAUCUGUUCAGUGCGCGGCUAGCGGAACCUUUCUUCGCUCUGCUGCAUCCGCUGCAUCUUCUUCUUCGGGAGCUCUACUCGCUCCUCACCGUGCCCUUUCAAUGCAUCGCCGCCGUCCUUCCCUUCAGCCUCUUUGUGUACCCGCCGGAGGCGCCUUUGAAGCUCCGCCCGGUGUUCGACUCGAGUGUACGUACAUCAGAGUCGGGCCGCGCCCCGUACCUGCUGGACAAUAGCGACGUUCAGUUUCGAGAGUUGCGCAACGCAUUUCCAUCCCUCGUUGCACUGAUGUGUGUCCACGGCCUUAUCUCUUUCUUACUGAGGAAGUUCGCGUUCCGCUAUUUCUGUAGAAGUUUCUUAAAGCUGCGCCGGGGGGAGCGCCCUGGUUUCUUCUUCCGGGUGUGCACGGGCUCCGUCGCUUCCUCGAGGAACUCCGGUUCGUGUGACCCAUGGUCCUUGUCCUGCGCCACCGGCUUAGAAGACCUUUUGCAUCCCAAGUCUUCGUCCGUUGCGAGGAAGGCAUGGAUCGCGACUCAGCAUGUCCACGUGGUCUUCGAGUUAUCUUUGGGUCUGUGUCUCGCUACCUAUCUCCACUCUGUUCACGUCAUUAUUCUGAUUCUCUACGCUCUCUUGAACUACACUUUCACGCUGCUGCUACCUGCGCAUGAAGCCGCUUCCAGUCUAUCCACGCGAGGCUCCUCGCCCUCAAAUGGAGCUCAAGAUACCGUGUCAGGUUCAACCGGAAAGACUGGGCUACGAAGAAGAAUCGACGCGUAUCGAUGUCCACUGGUGAUCGCGCUCACAGUGACUCUGCACCUCGGCAUGCUCGUGGUGCACGGCCUCACGCCGCACUUUUCUCUGGUGUACAUACACCCAGGGCUCCUGCCGGUCGAGACCUUCUGCUUCGCGUUCUUGCGCCCGCGCUAUUCGCUGCACGAUUGCAUGCGGAUGAUUGCCUUGAAGAUGCUCGCGUUCAACCUGGACAAAGUUUGGGCGUUUCAGCUACGGAAGAAGAGCUGCGAGACGCUCUCGGAGCUGGGCGCGUCCCCAGACUCUGAAGGGGCUGUGCAUGCAGAGAGGCGACCCACCAACACCGCAGUCGAAGAGGAGAUGGCAACUGUUUCUUCUCCUUCCACACGCGCCAAGGACAAAGCGGCGUCGCAUUCUUCAGUCUGCGCGGGCGACGGCCACGAAACGCGGAACUCUCGAAUGAUCUGUUCUCAGGUUGAAAGAGAGGUUCUCCAUCCGAAGCUUUGUCCAAACCCGUUCGAAGACGAGCGCUUCUUCCCGCGGGACAGUCUCAGUGUGCCCACCAGUACGUACGCCUCAGUGUUGCGGUACCUCGCGUACACGUUCUACGCCCCGACGUAUCUCGCAGGUCCGCACUUUGCGUACAAUUCAUGGAAUCGCCAGACAGCCUUUCCUUGGUGGGUUCUUCUCGGGCAUAACGAACACAUUGCUCCGUCCACCGCUUCCCGUGAGAGGGAGCCCACGGCGGUGCCUCUGAGGACUCGAAACGCCCGAGGGAUGGAGGAGACCGAAGAGUGCCGGGCCGGAGAAAGUCCGCGAGCCGCCUGCGAGCAGGAGGACCUAGCCGAACUCACGCAAGUCCCAUCUGGAGGCGCUGCUCUCCUUAGAGAGUGUGCCGCGCGGGCGCUGGGCCUGCCUCGCUCCGACUUGUUCUGUCGAUCUCCGACUUUUGCCUUUACGCGACCUGUUGGAGACGCCGGCAGAGAAGCCAGCAGCGGCGACGAGACCGACCUGGAGCUCCGGCACCGCUCACGCCGUCUGCGCGCCUCUCUCGUUUCUUCGAAGGAAGGAGGAGAGGAGAGCCACAAAGAAGAUGCACGAGACGAACUGAGUGUGCCGGUGUCGGGUGUAGCUGCCAGACGAGGGCGUUCGCAUGCAGGGCGUGGAGAAACGCACGACCCAGGGGAUUCUACACCCUUUGGGCUACACGCAUCACCCUUCUUGCUGGACAUGCCUUGCGCGGUCUAUCUGAAACUUUUUCUCAGACACGUUUUCCCGUACUUCCUCGGCUGGCUCCUCGUUCUUCUCGUACUCGAGGUUCACAUGCGGUACCUGCCUGUCAACGCCCUCGUGACUCAGCUCAGAAAUAUUCCACUUUGGAACACCAUGCAGAUACGGCAACUUUUCACGAUGAGCGCGACGGUCCUGUGCUUCAUGUGGCUUAAGUUCGUGUGUCUCUGGCGUUUCUUUCGCCUGUGGAGCAUGGUAGCUGGCGCUGUUCCUCCCGAGAACAUGGUUCGUUUCCUCUACAAUAACUACAGCACGGAACAGUUCUGGCGAGGCUGGCAUCGGAGCUUCAAUUUGUAUUUGAUUCGGUACAUGUACGUCCCGAUGAUAAAGAUGUUUGACCUGGCAGUGGCGACGUUGCGUUCUUCACAGUCGGCCAAGGCGGCCGCUUCCGUGUCUUCGACUGAGCGACAGGAGCCUCAGGAAGAGGCGACGCCUCUGUUGGUCGAGCAGAAAGUCGUUCCGGCAUGGCAGAAACUUCUCAGCCGCUCCAUCGCCACCUUUUUGAUCUUCUUGUACGUCGCCAUGUGGCACGACUUCAACGCCAACGUGUUCUACUGGGGUCUGGGCUGCGCAUGCGGCUUGGUGCCCGAAGCGAUCAUUCGGUACUGGGCGUUUGGCUCUCCUGCCGCAAAGAGGAUUGCGCGCGGCGAGGACGCUUCCAGCGCAGCUGCAGGGAAGGAAGAGGAGCCUGAGAGCCUCGCUCGCGGACGCCGAGGCGAGGGUCAAGACGCAAACAGAAGGGGGGGGAAGGGGGCAGACGAGGCCUACAUUGCAGCGGCCAGAAGCGACGUCCGAGAAGCUACACGGAACAGUAUUGCGGUUUCGAGAGGACCAAGUGAAGAGGUUUGCCCAGACGAAGGGCUUGACGGAAUGGACCGACAGAAGCGGCGAGCCUCGCCUAGCCACCGUAGACAGCACCGGGACUCGGAGAACGAGGGAGGCGUGAAAAACGCAUCCAAGAACAAAAGGAGGCAGCAGAGAAGUCACGAACACGACGAUGCGUCGGACAGCUUGAUGCCUGCCGACAGGAGCAGGGGGCAAUGCGACGAGGAAGACGUGCAACGAAAAGGAACGAGAGAAGCCAGGAAAACGUUCGGUUUCUGCAGGCUUUUUUCGCCUCUUUGCCGGGCACCCAAGAGCUGCACCAACUGUCUCGACUCCGGUGGUGACGUGCGUGGAAGAAAAAGUUUCAAAGUCAUCUGCGGCCUGGCAGGCACCGUCAACGUCCUUCUCCUCGGAACCUGCAACCUCGUCGGCUACUCUUACGGUAUUUAGACCCGAAUGCGCAUUCUGCAAUUCGUGCUUCGAGUCGGUGGAUGGGUGUUUUGGUAGGGAAUCCUGCAGAUAGAGAUACCUCACUUCGAGAUGCGUGGUCACACAGACAUUUGCAGGAGAGCAACUUCGACUUUCGUGCUCUGUUUCCAGCCUCGCUCUUGCACUUCUCUGUUCGUGCUUUUGUGUAAGAAUUGUUGCUGGCGAGCGGACACGCGUGUGAGAGUCUAGGGAAGUCUGGCUGAACGAUGUACUGCGGUGGAGGGCAGCGGAAAUCGUUAGGACGACGGCUCUUCGUUCAAGCUUUAGGUUUGUGGUAUGCUUGACUACUAUUAUGCCAUUCUUCUUACAAAGAAUUUACCGAAUCCUCCGGACAAAGCCCGCAUCAAAACAUACAGGUCACGGCUAGACCGUGCCCCCCUUCUCCCGUUCCCGAUUGCGUGCUUCACAACCUCUCAGAAUGAGGGAUGGUGAACGAGAGAAACAAGGAAUAAAAAUAAGUCCGGGAAGAAAUCCAAGAGUUGCAAGUGAAGCGAGCUCUUCCAGCGGGCGUGGUUCACCGGACAUACACACGGGACAUGGAGGGAGAGAUGUGUUGACUUUGGCGUAUUCGCUUAAGAAAAGAUAUUGUGACACACCCUGUACAGGCCCGUUCACGUGGUCAGAGCCCCCUCACCAGUUUAGUAGUUGUGGCUGUAAGUUUCUCUCUUGUGCGGUUGCGUGUGCGGGUACCUGUGAUGCAAUAGAUUUAGAGAACCAGAAGUCAGUCGGUCACCUCUUCGUGCGGGAGUAUAUGAACACCUGCGUAUAAUCAGCUUCUCUCUUUUUCGUUUUGCUUAAUCAGAGAUUGUUCUUGUAUAUUCAGACGCCCUGCUCUGUGGACCCUCUGUAUUUGCUUUUCUCAGGUGCCGAAGGACUGGCCUUGAUCCUGAAUCGACUCGCGGACGAGGGACUUUUCGUUGUUCUGCGUGCGACCUUUGAAAUGUUCGUCAUUUUCGCGAUCGCAGUUCAAGGCAUGCUUGUUAUCCGAGCCAUUGAAGGUGGUCGACGCAAUUGUUGAAUGUUUUUGUCGAUGGGUGCAAUGUUGUUGAAGAAAACAUGUUGGGGCAUUUUGUGUGUGCAUGCUUUGCCGCCCGCGCACGGGGAAGGACUUAGAUGGCAAAUAGACUUCACAAUGAGCAGGCAAGGUUUAAAGAGUUUCUUUUCGAGGUGGUGAUAAGGCGAACGCCGGAUCCGUGUUUCUGUUAGCGGCCGCGGUCGGAACUUCUGUUCAGGCAGCAGGAGCCAAGUGGAAACCCGGACAAAUUUGCGGGCGUUUUCAGAUAGCGAAGCUGAGAUUGCAGGUUUCCCCAGACUGCGCACUAGUUAACACCGAAAUACCAAGCAGAGAAAGCAAUAUAACUGGUGAUCCCUCCACGGAGCAAUACACCAACUUUUGUGCAUAAAGUGACACGCCAGAAACCGAUCCACGCAGAUACUCAA